CCGGACGAUCGACGUGUCUGUUGGUCUAUGUGUGUGUGUGUGUGUCUGUGUGUGUGUGUCUGUGUGUGUGUGAUAGAGAGAGAGAGAGAGGGGCACCGUGAUGCUGAGGCCCUUCAAUGGUCCGGCGUCUCGAGGAGGAAGAAGAUGGCGAUGGGGAAGGAGGAAGAGGAGGAGGAGGAGGAGGAGGAGGAGGAAGAGGAGGAGGAAAGAGUUGUAGGAGGAGGAGGAAGAGGAAGAGGAAGAGGAGGAGGAAGAAGAUCGCGAUGGGGAAGGAGGAGGAGGAGGAGGAAGAAUAUGGCGAUGGGGAAGGAGGAAGAGGAGGAGGAGGAGGAGGAGAGGAGGAGGAAAAAGAUCGCAAUAGGGAAGGAGGUGAGGAAGAAGAUGGCGAUGGGGAAGUAGGAAGAGGAGGAGGAGGAGGAGGAGAGGAGGAGGAAAAAGAUCGCGAUGGGGAAGGAGGUGUAGGAGGAGGAAGAAGAUGGCGAUGGGGAAGGANAGGAAGAGGAGGAGGAGGAGGAGGAGAGGAGGAGGAAAAAGAUCGCGAUGGGGAAGGAGGUGUAGGAGGAGGAAGAAGAUGGCGAUGGGGAAGGAGGAAGAGGAGGAGGAGGAGGAGGAAGAGGAGGAGGAGGAAGAGGAGGAGGAAGAAGAUCGCGAUGGGGAAGGAGGAGGAGGAGAAGGAAGAAUAUGGCGAUGGGGAAGGAGGAGGAGGAGGAGGAGGAGGAGGAGGAGGAGUGGGAGGAGGCCGUACCUCUGUUGGCCAGAGAGAUGAUGGCGCCUUCGGUACGACGUUACUGCAAUGGCGGCGCCCGUUUCCGGUAAAGCAGGUAGCAGCGACCGUACACACAUUUAGAGCAGAUCGACACCCGGUACUGAUGGCGUUUCUUCCCAGGAUGAAUGUCAACCACAAUGCAUCGCACAACAACGCAUCAUCGACUGACACUUUAUCACAAGCCAACAAUUCAAAUACACCGGCCUUGGAUCUCGUAAUACUCGACAGAAAUAUAUGGGAAAAUGAUAUCGUCAGCAUAGACUAUCGGUAUUUGCACCUUGUCCGAAAUGUCGCGCCGGACGGUGAAAUCCCCAUGUCUUGGGUCAUGGGAGACAACGGCAUAGAGCUUCAUCGCGACGACGGCAAAGACUUUUGGUACUUGUACUCGUUGGAGCAAGAAGUCGAUGUGGAGCCCGACGGCGAGGACAAUACUGAAGACCCUGUUACUCCAACGGAGAUGAUUGACGCGUGAAAACAUUGUGUGUAAGGCAGCAAUGGUCCGGGCAGGAUAGGAAACACGUCAAACAAUGUGCUUGGUUUUGUCUCGGAAAACCGAACCUGUCGUUCCCUAUCUUUGUAGAUUUUUAUGGUACAAUCCGGGUGUUGAAUCGUAACACCACCGUUGUGACACUUUUCACAGAGGCCAAGGUGAACGAUAAAAAAAUCAACACGUU